AUGACAUACUCGAUCCAGAUUCUAAACCGAGAAACGCAGCUCAUCUAUAAGGUUGGUAUCGCCAAAACCGACCAAGAAAGACAACGAAUUUUCCGAUGGUGUUCAACUGGAAACGACUACGUAUAUUGGCAGGAUGGUCAUCUGUAUUAUUCCGAUUCGGCUGAAUCACCCGCAUCAUCGAGAAUCUCGGGUGGUGAUUCGAACUGGGAACACGGCCUUUUCGACUGGGUCUAUGAGGAAGAGAUUUUUGGCAGAGAUUCAAAGGCGAUUUGGUGGUCAGACUCUGGGAAGAAACUAGCGUAUCUGAGCCGUGAAAAAUCUAAAGAAAAAACGAUCUCGUUGGUUAGCUAUCCGCACAACGAGAACUACCCUAGAGUUGUACAGUUAUCAUAUCCAAAAACUCACGAAAAGCGUUUGGCCACUUACAUUGUCAAUAUCUGGGACAAGAAUGAUCGGCAUACUAAGCAGAUGGAUGUACAAUUAAGGGACAGUACAGCCUUUCACUAUUUGUACGGCGUGAAGUGGGUUGUGCUAGAAAACCAGGAGUUGCUAGUUGCUACAUGGGCGAAUCGUUUGCAAAACCACAUCUCGAUAACGUUUUGCGAUUACAAAACGGCAAUUUGUAAAUUGGUAAGUCUGGCUUAUCAACCACAAUGA